AUGAAGGCUUGGGCGGCUUGGCUGUUGUUUUUUCCCUUCUUGAAGCUGACAGCAGCGGCAGCCGACGGCAUCACCUCACAGGGGCCCAGGAUUAGGCUGUCAUGGGAGGCAGACUUGCGAGAGGAGAACUCCUUCUCCCGCUCAGGGCUCGCAACUCAUGCCUUCAGUCGCCUCGAGCCGCGCGAGCCAGGUCCAAGUGCAAAGGUCUUACAGCCUGUAUACUUCAAGUUCCGCGAGCACCACGGUCGGACACUGCCUUUGCCACAGGAAUCGCGACGCUGGGCAGGGGCAGUCAGGUCGUGUGCGGCUGACUUUAGCCGAGGAGCCGAAGAGUGUUCUGCCUGA